GUGCGUGAGGCGGGGAGGAGGGCAAACUGAAACAUGACUGAUACAAGUGAAUCCCAGGCUUCCGACUCUGAUUACCCUGAUGCCCAAGAGCUAAUAUGCAGUCAGCCGAAAGAACCAUGUAAGGUACAUGCAUGUGAAACAAAUACACAAAUGGAGUGUUCACAUUCAAGGCAGAAGAAUGCUGCUCCUGAGGAGUCUUUAGAUGAGCUUAACAGUAUAUGUAAAUCAUCAGCUGCUGUAGCUGAGGUUUUCCUGGAUAGCAGUGAUUCAGAAAUUGAUCUCUCUGCUGCUAGUGGCAGUGAAUACCAUCCUAAGAGCUCCAUUGCAUCUUCAAAGCAAAAAAAGAGUUCUCAACCUUCAAGGCAACAAGCAGAAUCUGUUGCAGGAGUGCCUGAUGAUGAAAGUUCAGACUCUUCUCUAUCUCCUCAAAGUCCAGUGAAAUCAUCGGAAACUUCCAAAAAGCAGAAGUCAAAACUCAAUUUGAAAGCUAUUUUUGCCUAUCACUUCAGGGGAAAGAAGUUUAAGGCUGCUGCACACCGAAAAUACAGGGGUGGUGGUUCAGGGAGGAAGAAGAAAAAGUAUGAGAGCACACAGAUGCCUACAGGGAGGCCACCACUAACAGCCUCACCACAAGAGCGAAAGAGAAGGCUUCUACAUAGAGGUUUUCAAUUCCCUUUUGUUGAAAAACAUUAUGGGAAGAAACACAUUCCCUUAAAGAUGGUUCUUGGCUAUGAGCAAGCAGCUGCAAAGGGAUAUUUCCAGUACAUUGAAGUACUUAAAUACGAAGAACAUCUCAAAAAGGCUUUAAAAGCCCUUAAAGCUAGUGAAGACUUAGAAAGAGAAUGUCUGGCAGUACGGAGACACAAAUAUUUAGAUGAUGAAGGCCCCAUUUCCCCUAUCCAGGAGACAAAUCAUGAUGAUGACAGCUUGAGUUCUGAUAAUCAAGACGACCUUGAUGCCAGAGUAGUGGAGAACAGCUCUUUCAUUAUAAGCAGCAAAAUUCCCAGUAAGAAAAAAUCAAAGCCAGAAACAAAACAUGCAAAACCAACUGAAGUGAUUGAAGUACAGGAGGAAGACUAAUGCUGCUGGGAACUCGGGGCUUCUUCAAGGUUCACCUUGGUGAA